AUACCACUAACCCGGCUGUCGCGCAACCCCACCAACACUGAUCAUAUACAUCCACCACUACAUGCACCGUCACUGGUGAACCAACCCUACCUACAACAUACACACCCGCCUCAUACCACACACGCAUCACGUACACAUUACAUACACGGGAAACAAACGCAACGUCGGGAACCAAUAUGGCUGAUGCAGAACUAGAGCAGCUUCGCAAGGCGCGUCUGGAGCAGCUAAAGGCGCAGCAAGGCGCCGGCGCCGGCGGUGGCCAGCAAGGGCAGAUGAGCCAGGCCGACCGGCAAAAACAACAAGAAGAGAUGCGGCAGGCGAUGAUGGAUCGGAUCCUGGCGCCGGAGGCGAUGGACCGGCUGAACCGGAUCCGGCUGGUGAACGGGGAGCGCGCGACCGAGGUGGAGAACCGGCUGCUGGCACUAUCGCAGAUGGGCCGCCUCAGCGCCAAGGUGACUGAGGCCCAGCUCAAGGACAUGCUCGCCACCCUCUCCGAGAUGAAGGGCUCCGAGAAGAUCGUCGUCAGCCGCCGCAAGGGGUGGGACGACGACGACGACCUGGAUAACUUGUGACGUGGCGCGAGGGGGGAAAAGAAGGCUAAUCGCCAAGGUCGUGGAG